AUGGAUUCUCAAGAGGAAGAAAGCCCGCCGUCUCCGGGCCUGGAGGCGGUCAUACAGAAGCUGGAGGACUCACUGCUCGACAUCAGUGCCGAGGAGAGGGCUCUCACCAUGCGGGGAGAAGAUUUGGCUUCCACCGCCUCGCCAGUGCCGGUGCGCAUCCGAGAAAUCGUCACCAGAAACCUGAGCGCUGUGAGCAGUACGGAGAUGUCAGUUCAGGAGGAGAACCGGGCCCUCAGAGAGCUGCUGACCCAGACCAGAGCUGACCGGGACCAGCUGGCCAUCAAGCAGAGCACGCUCACCGACCGACUGGAGCAGCUGCUGGCGUUGCAGUCGGGUGGCGAGUCUGACCAGGACAGUGUGUGUGUGGAGAGGAGUCUUCGCGAGGAGGCCAGAUCCUACCGCCUCAAACUGCAGAGCUACCAGGAGAGCCAACAGAGACAGGCUCAACUAGUGCAGAAACUACAGGCCAAGGUGUUGCAGUACAAGACACGCUGUGGAGAGCUCGAAGACCAGGUGCUGCAGAAGACUGCUGAGUCGGAGAAACUACGCUUGUCUCUCCAGAGCCAUUUGGACUCGUCCUCUCAGAGACUCCAGCACAGCGAACAGGAACACCAGAGGGAGACGGACAGAACACAAACCCUGCUGGAGGAGGAGAGGAAGAGGUGUUCAGCCUUGAGCCAGGUCAACUCUCUGCUUCGCCAGCAGCUGGACCAGGCGGCAGCUGCCAACGAGGCGCUGAAGCAGCACCUACAGCAAGCACAACAGGACAUACAGCACAAGGACGCACGCCUACGCAAGGAACAGGAGGCGAGUGCCUCCCGACUGGGCCGCGAGCAGGCGAAGGUCAGGGUGCUGUGGCGCCAGGCGGCCUCCCUACGGAGCUCCUUCACACAGCUGAGGGCCUUCACUGACAGGAACCUGGCCGAGAUGCGCGGAGAGUGUGUGAGCGCAGGCCGUCAGCUGCGCGCGGCGUGCGUCAGCCUGGAACUGCGCGUGUGUGAGAGGAACAUCGCCCCCAGUGGUGGGGAGGCGUCUGUGUCAUCACUAGAGAAGCAGCUCAGGGAGAAACUACUAGAGGCCAUGCAGCUACAGGCACGCUUUGACGCAGAGAGACUGGAACUCAACUCCAGGAUCCUGGAGUUGACUGAGACGGUCAAGCAUCUGAGGGUUCAGAACAGUGAGAAGGAAUCCAACAUGGCCGCCAUGCAGGCUAGCCUGGACCGCAUGGAGCUGAGUCGUGCUGGGGAUCGUGAGGAGCGAGAUGGACUGCUGAGUGAGAUCCAGGCCCUUCAGCAAAUAAUGCAGCACAUAGGCCAGGUGGCGCGUGGGGACGGCGAUGGCGCCAUGUCGGAGGGCGCCAAACUAGAAGCAGAUGGCACUACUGCCCCCCUGCCCCUCCCCGGUGCCCCCUCCCUCCUCCUCACUCCACCCCGAGGUGCCCCCCUCCCCCUACUCUCGCCCCCGCCAGGCGUCUCCCCUCACAGGGACUCCACACUGCAGGCCGUGCAGAGAGCUCUGAUGCAGCGACACACACAGAUACAGGACCUGCGUGUGCGUCUGGAGGGGGCUCUGGAGCAGGUGGGGGUGCUGAGGGCGGAGGUUGCGGAGGGGGAAGGGGAGAGGAGAGGCCUGCAGGAGGCCCAUAGGGAGGCGCAGCAGGAAGUGCAGGCCUUGGAGAGAGCUCUGGAGGACAGCAGACGAGAUACACAGAGGAGCCGCAGCGAGAAGGGGGCGCUUUCGGACCAGGUGUCUGUGUUGGAGCAGCAGGUGUGUGUGCUGCGUGAGGAAAUGACAUCACAGGAAGCUGGACUGAAGGCGGAGCUAGAUGCAGAGAAGGGGAGUGGCCUAGACAUGCAGCGACAGAGAGACCUGCUGAGGCAACAGAGGGAUGACCUGGAAGCACAACUUAGAGAGAGCCAUAAGCUGGUAGAGGAGCUCCAGGAGCGCUAUGGGGAGGUGCAGGAGCGCUAUGGGGAGGUGCGUAGGGAGGUGGUGGGCCUGAGGGAGUCGCUGUGUCAGGCCACACUACAUAAGGAGGUUCUACAGGACGAGAAGAACAGCCUGGUCAAGGCCAUCAGCAAGCUGGAGGCCCAGAAUGCGGAGCAGGAAGUGGUGAUCACCAGGCAACAGAGCAAGGAGGCGGGGCUUAGGGACUCCCUUGCCAAGAUGGGUGCCCUCAGUGAGGGACUCGCUACGGAUAAAGUGGAACUCAACCGCAUACUGCUAAAGGCAGAGGCUGAGAAGGCCUCAUUGGUGGAGUGCCGUCGGAAGGCAGAGCUACAGCUGGCCUCAGCCAAUGAGGAGCUGGGAAAUCUUCAUGAGCGGCUGCAGGAAGUGGAGUCUCAGAGGCGGGCUCUAGAGGCAGCCGAGACCCAAUCAGAAGAGAGAAGAGCUGGCCUAGAGGGACAGCUAGCUCUACUGACCAAGAAAAAGACACACACACAUGACCUGCACACACAGGUGGUUGCGGAGAGGCAGGCGCUGUGUGAGCAGCUGAGUGUGUUGCGUUGUGAGCUGGGUGACCAGCGGGAGGCGCUACUGAGGGCGGCCAGAGAGAGGGAUGAGCUGACCAAGGACAAGGCCACCCUGGGGGUGCAGCUCAACACAGCACACCGCAAGACCAGCAGCCUCAACCAGGAGCUCACCGCACUCAGGCUUGAAAAGGAGGCCCUGGAGUCUGCCCUGUAUGAUGGGCAGGAGGUGGCGUCAGCCCUUGAGGGAGAAGCCGCUCGAUUGGAGGCCGAGAGAUGCAGCCUGGUCCUGGCCAACGAGGCGCUCACACGUGAGUUGUCUCGUCAGCAAGGGGAGAGUGAGCAGCAGGUUCUGAGGGCCCAGCAGGAGAGAGAGGCUGCGGAGAACAGACUGGCCAUGACAGAGAGGAGCCACCAACACACACUCAGCAGCACACACACCACACACCUGCAACAGCUAGACGCACUACGCAAAGAUAAGGAGCAGCUGUGUGUGGAGCUGUGUGCUGUGAGGGAGCAGGGGGAGGCGCGUGUGCGCUCAGCUGAAGAGGAGGCCAGGAGGAGCAGACAGGAGGAGCAGCAGCAGCACCAGCAGCAGAUGGACCAGCUCAGACACGACACACACACACAACUACUGCACGCAGAGGAACUCAAGCAGCAGGCCCUGUCUUCUUUAGAGGGUGAGCGCUCUGCUCUGGCUGAGAAACUGCUGUCACUCCAGCAGGACAUGGACGCUGCUUCCAUGGAAUCCGAGCGUAUGAGGCGGGACUUCCUAUCCAAACAGGAAAAGGAUAAGGAGCUAUGUGCAGGUCUGCAGGGUGAGCUGCAGGGGCUGCAGAGGAGGUUUGAGGAGGCGCUCCGCUCUCACGAGGAGGCCCUGAGGAGGAUGAGGGAGCAGCUGGAGGAGAUGCAGCAGCAGAAGGAGGAGACGCAGCAGGAGCUGUCUGUCCUCCGCCGUUCUUUAGAGGAGGCGGAGGAGGCUCGCGAUGCGGGGCGUAAGGAGGUGAUCGAGGGGCUGCGUCGUCUGCGUGAGUGUGCGUCUGAGCGGGACGCGGAGCGUAGGGACGCCAUGGAGACCAAACGGUCGCUAGGAGACGCGACCCGCGAGAAGGAGGCGCUAAGCUCGUCCAAUCAGGAGCUGCGGAACUCCAUCAAGAAGGCUGAGAGCGACAACAACAGUCUGCGUCGUGCUGUAGAGGAGAGGGAUCAGCGGCUGGCGGUGUUGGAGGAGUGUAAGUCCUCCCUCCAGCAGGAGGCAGUGCAGCUGAGGGCCACACUCCGGGAGCUGGAGAAGGCACGCCUGCACGCGCGCAGACAGCUGCAGGACGCACGCAGACAGGUGAAGAGCCUGGAGGAGGAGGUGCUGAGGAGGAGUAAAGAGCUGGAGGAGGCCCAGGCUCGCCUGUCGCAGGAGGAGCAGAGGGAGGAGGAGGCACGCCAGGAGGCCUUCGCUCUCAGGCAGAGACUCCUGGAGGCCGACGCAGGAAGAGAGGCAGCCCUCAAGGAGUCGUCAGUGCUGCAGCGACGUGUAGCUGAGCUGGAGGAGGCUGAGAAAGUUCUGAGGGCGGAGCACCAGCAGAUAGACUAUUCCCACCAGGAAGAAAUCAGGCGGGAACGGGACGAGACACGGAGGCUGGAGGAGGCACUAAAGGAGGCUCAGAGGGAGGCGCGGGAGAAGGGUGUGCGUGCCAGCUUGGCCCAGGAGGAGGUGCGAGGGCUGGGGGAGCAGGCGGCCGCGGGAGAGGAGACGCGGAGGAGGCUGGAGGGCAGGCUGCAGGGGCUGGAGUCGGCCCUGAGGAGGACACUGGGCAUCAGCCGCGCAGGGAGGUCACCCUCCCCUCACGCACGCACACGCGGACGUAGCCCCUCCCCCUGGAGGAAGCGCUCACCUGGGAAAGGAUCAGCUGCAGAUAGCAUGACAGACAGCGCGGCUCCCAGUGUGUCCCUGUCACCCGGAGGCCUAGAGCCCGACCCAGACACUCUCCUCUCAGCCCUACACAGCUUUCACAUGGAGCACAGAGACACACAGAGAGACAGGGAUGAGGCCCAUGCGCAGGUGUUGAGUUUGAGUGGCCAGGUGAGCGAGCUGAGGGCUGCCCAGGAGAAGAACCACAGCAGACUACAGCAGAUACAGAGGAACCUGAGAGAGGCAGAGCAGAGUAAGCGUGAGGUGUGUGAGAGGCUGGAGGGGGUGCAGACGACGCUGUCUCUUCAGGAGGAAGUGGGGAGGCGGAGUGAGCGGGAGAGGCGGAGCCUGGAGGAGGAGGUGACAUCAUUGAGGAGCAGCCUUCAGACCGCAGAGGCCGACAGGAAGAGAAUACAGGAGAAGUUGGAGCAUAGUGAGGAGUCUGUCUCCCGCGGCGAGGAGGAGCGUGUGCGUCUGCAGGGGGCUGUGGAGCGUGCGGAGGAGCGUGCGGCCCGGCUGGAGGUGACGCGUCUCUCCCUGGAGGGGGAGGUGCAGAGGGGAGGUCUGAGGGGAGCGGAGCUGGAGGGGGAGGUGGCAGCCUUGCAGGACAGACUGGCAGCACUGCGCACAGAGCUGGGGGAGAGCCAGGACAAGGAGGCCACUCUCAGGCGUGAGGUGGAGAGGUUGGGUGUGUGUGUGAGUCGUGCAGAGAAAACAGAGGCGGAGCUAAGACAGAAGCUGAAGGGGGCGUCGGCUAAACUGAGUGAAAGCUCGGCCAAUGAGAAGGAAGCACAAGAUCAUAUGACCCAGCUGCAGAGAGACCUGACCGCCAGCACACACGACAGAUGCAUGCUACAGGAGCGUGUGGAUAAGCUGCGGGAGGCUCUGUCUGAGAGCAGGAAGCAGAAACAGGCGCUGACUGAGCAUGCCCAGACCCUGCAGAGGAAACAGGAGGAGAUGGAGAUGAUGAACGCGGAGAUGGAGAAGGUGGCGCUGCAGGAGAGGAGGGAGGGGGAGCAGGCUGCCCUGGAGGAGAACCAGAAGAUCCAGAAGGAGAGAGGAGAUCUCCAGAGGGAUGUGGAGCAGCUGCAGCGGGAGAGCCAGGAGCUCCAGCAGGCCAAGGGGGAGCUGCAGGGACGCGUGGCCCAGCUGCAGGCCUCUCUGGACGGGCUGGAGGCGGAGAGGGGCGAGCUGGAGAGGAGCCUCGGCCGGAUGGGCAAAGACAAGGUGUCUCUACGCAAGGCCCUGGAGCAGGUGGAGCAGGAGUGUGUCUCACUGGGGCGCGACAGAGAGCAGCUGGAGCAGACCACACACACACUACAGCAAGAGCUAGACGACGCCCUCGCACACACACACUCUCUUCAGGCUCAGCUGUCUCACCUGGAGCACAGUCAGUCUCAGCGUCUUCUGGAGGCCUCCACUCGUCACCGCGAGGAGCUGCAGCUUCAGACUGAGCGCGUGCGAGGCGCCCAGGAGCAGGCGGACAGAGCACUGGAGGCACGAGAGAAGGCACACAGGCACCGAGUACGCUGCCUUGAGGAACAGGUGUGUACUCUUAAGGAGCAGCUGGAGCAGGAGAUGAGGAGGAGACAGGCCUACGUCACCCAGCUGCUCAGACCCACGGCAUAA